GAGGGCAGCUGCCUGGGUGUUUGAUAUGGUGGCGAAGCCUUUAGAAUGCGAAAAUUGAAAAAAGAGUCUAAAAGAAAAAAAAUUAAACAAUAAAAAAAGGCAGCUUGUCUGCUGCUGGAAAACAAAUCGAAGGCAUCUGCUUAUACAGCUUCACAAACACUAACUUCUAUUAUUUUAUGCUCAACUCAAUUCUCAUCUUGUUUAUCAGAUCUUAUUCUGUGGUGUCAUUGUGAUCGUUCGAACAAAAUGGCGGUUGGAGUGAACCGGAAAAUAUCAGCUGCAUCAGCGAGGGCUCAUACCAGAAAAACCCAACACAAAUCUUCUUUUCAACUCUCUUCAGGAAUGUUUAUGAAAAUAUCACUAGUGUUCUUUGUUGGAAUUUUGGCAUGGGGUUACCAGGCAAGUCGACCUCCUCCACCCAAGACAUGUGGGUCUCCGGAUGGCCCCCCUGUUACAGGAUCUAGAAUAAAACUUUCGGAUGGAAGGCAUUUGGCAUACACUGAGUUUGGUGUCCCGAGAGAUGUGGCCAAGUAUAAGAUAGUAUUUGUCCAUGGGUUUGGAAGCUGCAAGCAUGAUGCUGUUAUUCUUGCAACCCUUUCUCCGGAUGUUAUUAAACAUUUAGGGAUCUAUAUUGUUUCAUUCGAUCGACCUGGUUAUGGAGAAAGUGAUCCUAAUCCAAAUCGAACAGUCAAGAGUAUUGCUAUGGAUAUAGAGGAGCUUGCUGAUCAAUUAGAACUAGGACCAAAAAUUUAUGUAGUUGGAUAUUCAAUGGGUGGACAACCAAUAUGGUCAUGUCUUAAGUACAUUCCGCACAGGUUAGCUGGAGCAACUCUUUUAGCCCCAGUAGUUAAUUAUUGGUGGUCUGGUUUCCCUUCAAACUUAUCCAGAGAAGCAUACUACCAGCAGCUUACUCAGGACCAGUGGACAUUACGUGUUGCUCACUACCUUCCAUGGCUAACUCACUGGUGGAACACCCAGAAGUGGUUUCCUUCUUCUGCUGUUAUAGCUCACAGCCCCCUUCUUUUAUCUCCCCAAGACUUGGAACUUGUAACCAAGUUAGAUUCGACUAGGAGGAGGACUUACGAGGCACAAGUAACACAACAAGGAGAGUACGAAUCUCUGCACCGUGACUUGAUGAUUGGUUUUGGUACCUGGGAGUUCGAUCCUAUGGAGCUAAAAAAUCCAUUCCCAAACAAUGAAGGGUCUGUGCACUUAUGGCAAGGAGAUGAAGAUAGAUUAGCACCUGUUACACUACAACGAUACAUUGCCCAGAAGCUUCCGUGGAUUCAAUAUCACGAACUUGCAGGAGCUGGUCACUUGUUUCCCUUGGCAGAUGGCUUUGGCAAUGCGAUUAUGAAGGCACUUUUGAUUGGAGAGGAUACCAUUCUGUAAACAAUCAAGCUAUCUUCACUUAUAUAGUUCUUUUGCUAGGUUUUGGUGGUUCACAGGUUAGCUUUAUGGUUUAUUUUGUCUAUUCUAUGUUGGACUUUUUGUAAGAGAACUAUACUUCUGUGCCUCAUUCCUAUAAAUGAUUUUUCGUUCAA